AUGGCACACCCGCAACGAGCCGCGCUAAAACAGUCCCUCACCGACCCAGAGAGCUUCUGGUCAGGUCACGCGGAGAGGCUCCACUGGCACCGCAAGCCGAGUCGAGCUCUGACGCGUCAGACUAAGACCCUCCCCAGUGGAACCCAGCAUGAACAUUGGUCGUGGUUCCCGGAUGGAGAGAUCUCCACGACGUACAACUGUGUGGAUCGACAUGUUGCUAGUGGGCGGGGCGAUCAGGUUGCCAUCAUCUGGGAGUCGCCGGUGACACACACGACGGAGAAAUAUACCUAUGCGCAGCUAUUGGAUGAGGUGGAGGUUCUUGCUGGCGUCUUACGAGAGGAAGGUGUACGAAAAGGGGAUGUGGUUAUCAUCUACAUGCCGAUGAUUCCAGCCGCGCUCAUUGCAGCGCUGGCUAUCACCAGACUUGGAGCUAUCCAUGCUGCGGUCUUUGGCGGGUUCGCUGCCAAGUCCCUGGCACAGCGGAUCGAAGCAGCUCGACCCCGAGCAAUCAUGACGGCGUCGUGCGGGGUUGAAGGUUCCAAGGGGCCGAUUUCGUAUCGGCCUUUGGUGGAGGGAGCCGUGGAGGCGAGCCGGUUCAAGCCAUUGAAGGUUAUCGUGUGGCAGCGGGACCAGAUGCGUUGGAAUAACCCAGAUAAAUUGAGUGGUCAGCGAAACUGGCAGCGGCUGGUUAAAAGUGCGCGUGGGCGUGGUAUUCGGGCUGGACCCGUGCCUGUGAAGAGUACCGAUGGGUUGUAUAUCAUUUAUACGAGCGGUACAACGGGUCUGCCAAAGGGUGUCCUCAGAGAAGCUGGAGGCCACGCUGUUGGUCUCGAGCUGUCUAUCCAGUCCUUGUUCGGUAUCAAGCCCGGAGAUGUGAUGUUCUGCGCCUCAGAUAUCGGCUGGGUCGUUGGUCACUCGUACAUCCUCUAUGCGCCGCUGCUGGUCGGCGCGACCACCGUACUUUUCGAAGGCAAGCCCAUCGGCACACCAGAUGCAGGAACAUUCUGGCGAACAAUUGAGAAACACGGAGUGAAUACUCUUUUCACCGCACCAACAGCAAUGCGAGCCAUCCGCAAAGACGACCCAAAUGACAAGUUCUUGAAAGAAGUAGGUCAACGAGGCGGCCUCAAAUCCCUUCGAGCCCUGUUCCUAGCUGGCGAACGCAGCGAACCAAGUAUUAUCCGCACGUACCAAGACCUCCUAUCCCAAUACGCUGCCCCAGGCACCCUUGUAAUCGACAACUGGUGGUCUUCCGAGUCUGGUUCCCCCAUCUCAGGUCUAGCCCUAGAUGCACAUGCCGCCUUACCCUCAAAUGCAGGAUCGAGCAGUCCACUCGCCAUCCGGCCUGGCUCAGCAGGUCUCCCCAUGCCCGGAUUCGACGUUCGAAUCGUCAACGACGAAGGCCACGAAGUUCCACCCGAAACCAUGGGUAACAUCGUAAUGGCACUCCCGCUCGCCCCAACCGCAUUCACAAGUCUCUUCCAAGACGAAGAACGCUUCUACAAGGGAUACUUGAAACGAUUCAACGGCCGGUGGCUGGAUACCGGCGAUGCAGGUCUGAUUGAUGAAGAUGGAUACGUGCACAUCAUGUCUCGAUCCGAUGAUAUCAUUAACGUUGCGGCGCACCGCUUCAGUACCGGCCAAAUCGAACAAGUAAUUCUCUCCCACCCUUCCAUCGGCGAAGCCAGCGUAGUCGGGAUCCCGGACUCCCUAAAAGGCCACCUCCCAUUCGCAUUUAUCCAGCCUCGCCAUGGAGACUCGAUACAAAUACCUGCGACACCAUCAACAGAGCUAUUCAGCGAAGUCAACGCCCUCGUGCGCGAGCAGAUAGGCGCCAUCGCUUCAUUGGGCGGGAUGAUUCAGGGACGGGGGAUGAUCCCUAAGACGCGGAGUGGGAAGACGCUUAGACGGGUUUUGAGACAGCUUGUUGAGAAUGCGGUGCAGGGGAGAUAUGAUGAGGUGGUCAGUGUGCCGCCUACUGUCGAGGAUGCGGAUGUUGUUGAGGUUGCGAGGGGGAGGAUUAGGGAGUAUUUCGAGAGAGGGGGUUGGGAAGGCGAAGCUUUAGGUUCUUUUUUGAAUAUCUUGUGCUUGAGAGAUGGUAGGGUCUUAGAAUCCUUAAGGCUUAGAUUGGGAGAGGGUAGUUAA